CGACACGAAGGGAUCGUGCGGCCAGAGCCCGGCACCGGGAUCAAGGUGCACUUCAAGGACGCCAAGGGAGGGCUGAUCAAGACGGUCGAGGCGAACGAGGGCGACGACAUCUUGGCGGUCGCGCACGAGUAUGACAUCGACCUGGAAGGGGCGUGCGAGGGCUCAGUGGCGUGUUCGACGUGUCACGUGAUCCUGUCGCCGGAACACUACGAUCUGCUGCCCGAGCCAGAGGACGACGAGAACGAUAUGCUGGACAUGGCGUUUGGGCUGACGGACACGAGCCGGCUGGGGUGCCAGGUGCGGCUGAGCGCGGCGCUGGACGGGGUGACUGCGACGCUGCCUGCUGCGACGCGGAACAUGUUUGUGGACGGU